AUGUACGGUGGCAAUAGGCGGUGGAAUUGUUUUGACCACCUCAACCCAGGCAAUCCGGCGCUCCCGUAUGCAGCCUCUGCUCCAUUCAACUGUCGCCCGGAGCGGGUGGCUUGUCUCGAAGGGACAUGUACCGACACCUUGAGCGUUAUCUAUACCUGGGCGCUUGAUCGACACACAGCUGGCGAUAAGGCCGAUUCUCCUCAGGACGUUGCUCGCAGCCAAUCUAAUAUUUUGUGGCUAGAAAGUCCGACUGGUACCGGCAAGACGACGAUCGCAUACACCGUUGCAGAGCGGUGCCGUGCAGAAGGUGUUCUGGGGGCGAGUUUUUUUUGCUCUCUGUUGGAUAACGAUUGCGGUGACGCCUCGAUGAUUUUUACGACAAUUGGAUACCAACUCGGAUUGUUCUAUAAACCUUACAAGGAUCAGGUCGCUGAGAUAGUCCAGAAAGACCCUCUCAUCUUACGCUCCGAUGUCUCUCGCCAAUUCAACGAGCUGAUCAUGCAACCACUGGCACAGCUCCGCGACGACUUCCCUCCAUGCGUCGUGGUGAUCGAUGCACUCGAUGAGUGUCGAGAUCACUAUAUCACUUCUAUGGUCCUGUCCGCUUUGCUCAAACAUGCACAGACUCUAUCUCGCCUCCGAUUCUUUGUCACCAGUGGCCCCAGCCAUCACAUCAUCACUCUCUUCAACGCUCACGAUCGUCGUAGCGCGUUUGGCCAGCAACCCUUAUACAAGAUUGUAUCACAGCCUGAGUCUGUCAAUGCAGACAUCGAGCGCUAUCUUACCGUAGCUCUGUCGGACGUCCCAGAGUCCUGGCCUGACAAGGCCGACAUCGCAAUGCUGACACAACUUGCCGGUGGCCUUUUCAUCAUUGCCACGACUGCAGCCAAGUUUAUUGAAGACCGAAAAUACAGCGAUCCUAUUGGACAGCUCAGGACAUUUGCAUCCACUACAAUUUCAUAUAACCAAUUCCUCGAUCAGCUGUACUUGCGGGUGCUCGAGAGCGCCUUCUCUGAUGUAUCGGAAGGCCUGUCGGGACGACUCAAGUCUGUCCUGGCUGUCAUCAUAGCAGCCGUCCGAGAUCCACUUCCGAUUUCCAGCCUCGCAUAUCUGGCUGGCAGGCUCAGUGCUCAUACCGUGUACAGCUUCCUUGUGCUUCUCCGUUCCAUCCUCGUUGUACCGACGUCUGAAGAUUCCCCAUCCAGCAUUCGCAUUAUACACCAGACCUUUGCUGAGUUCCUAAUGGACCCAAGUCGCUGCACAAGCCAACAUUUCACCAUCAAUUCACGGCAGCAACAUACGGAGCUGCUUCGUGGGUGCCUGGCGGCCAUGCAAGAGUUGAGGCGAGACAUCUGCAAUAUUCGGGACCCCUCUCUGCUCAACACCCAGAUUCCGAACCUGCUCGAUCUCAGGAAGAAGGCGAUACCAGCGCAUGUGAGGUAUGCCUGUGGGUACUGGUGCACUCAUCUGGUGAACGGAGAGCUUUCGUCCGUCGAGAUUCUCGAACCACUUGAGGAGCUUGUGGAGAACCGAUUGCUGUACUGGGUCGAGGCCUGCAGCGUGCUCGGAGUGCUGAGGGAAGCUGUCUCGGGCCUGAGAGAGUCCCGGCGCAAGCUUAUGGUGCGUGCAAUUUACUCU